AUGUCGGACGAAGAAAGCGAAAUGGCUGCUUUGAGGCAAUCUUCAAAGUUCUAGUCAUCAUUGCACAACAAAUCUAAGUAGGAAAAGUAGCAAACUCAUUCACCUGCUUCAGAGACUAGAUCCGAAUCUUAGGAUUCAUAUAGCCCUACUCCAUCCUUAAAGAAUUCUAAUUCUGAUAAAAUUGACGACGACUUUAAAGUCCCCAUGUCUAGGCUUGGUGGAGUGAAUAGAAAUCCCAAUAAUUAGAAUACUCCUAUUAUUUCCAGAGAGACUUUGAUGAGUCAGUAGUUCGAGAGACAAGAAAUGCUGAGGAGAUCUAAAAAUGUAAACUAUGAGAGGGCUAAUGUUAGCAUAGAUAGAUCAUCUAAUGAGCCAAUAAUUAUAUCUUCGGGCGACAUCUCUGAUAUCAACCUCGUCAAGUUGUAAUAGUAGUUUAUGAAUUCUGAGGAUGGAGGUAUGGCAUAUAUGAAUGAAGACCAAGAUGAUGACGAGUAAAGCAGGAAAGAUAGAAGGCAGCAGGAAAUAGAACGGUAUAAAAAGCAAUUAAUGGAGGAAUAUGAGGAGGAGACUAGACGAAAGCAGUAGAAUUUACAGAAGAAAAAUUUGUAGAGCAGCGCUAGUAGCUAAAGCCAGUAUGUGCCAGUUGUGCUAGGCAAAGACAGCUAAAAGUUAAACAGGAUGAGCACUGAGGAGAUAUCCAAAGUGCACUCACAGCAUAAAAGAGCAAAAAUAGAGGUCUAAAAAGUAGCCAAGAAGCAGGAUUUCGAGAUCAACUAGGAUGAAGAGGAGGACGAUGACUUUGCUGGGCCUAAGCUUGACUUAUUUCAGAAAAAUGAUAAUGAGGAUAGUGAGGAUGAUAGCAUUGUCAAGUAAAACCAAUUAGAAGAGAGUGAGAGGAACAGGAAGCUCAAUUAAAUCUACAGGAAUACCAAGGAUGUCUUAGGAGGAAAUAGUUCAACUAAUAAUGAUAUAGAUAGUGACGAUGACAUGGCUAAUUAGUACAACUUACCAAUUACUCAUGAAGUAGUUCUUCAAGGUCAUUAAAGGUCAAUUUAAGCAAUGGAUAUCGAUUUGUAUGGCAAUAGGAUGGUUACAGGAGGCCUUGAUUUUAUAUUGAAAAUAUGGGAUUUCCCAGGCAUGAAUAGAAAGCUGAAAUCAAUGAGAGAAUACAAGCCUUUUGAUGGUCAUCCAGUGAAUGCAUUAUCAUUCGAUCCUGAUGGUGAAAACUUCUUGUGUUGUUGUGGAAAUAACCAAGCGAGAAUAUAUAACAGAGACGGAGGAAAAGUGUAAACAACAAUAAGGGGUGAUAUGUACAUCUCAGACAUGGCUAAUACUAAAGGCCACGUAGCUGCAAUUUUAGACGGUAAAUGGCAUCCAGUUGAAAAGAAAAAUUUUAUGACAGCAAGUUUAGAUGGAUCAAUCAGACUUUGGAAUAUUGAGUCUAAAACAGUUGGUGUCGAUUAGAAUUUGAUGCAUGAGCAAUGCAUUAAGGCUCACAACACUAAAGGCUAGAAAGUUGCUAUCAACUCAUGCACAUUCUCAUCAAAUGGAAACCUUAUAGUAGGAGGUUGUGCAGAUGGCUCAGUGUAAAUUUGGGAUAGAAAGUUCAAGAGUUUUCAUAGACCUACUAUAAACUUCACAUAAGCUCAUACAUAAGGAUCAGAAGUAUCUUGCGUAAAAUUCUUUAAGGAUGAUAAAAGAUUAGUGACAAGAGCAAUGGACGAUACACUCAAACUAUGGGACAUCAGAAAUACUAAGCACCCCUUUUAAGAGUGGAAAGAUCUUAUCAACCUAUCAAGCAAGACUAAUGUUUCUAUAUCACCUGACGAGAGAUUGGUGCUCACUGGCACUUCUGUAAGAAAAGGUUUCGGCUAUGGUUUACUUGUAGCUUGUGAUGUUUAAACAGGAGAGAUAGUAAAUCAGUCUGCUAUUGCUUAGGAGUCUGUUAUUCAGGUUUUCUGGCAUCCCUCGAUCAAUUAAAUAGUUGUUGGCUCGGCAGAUUCAAACAUUAGAGUGCUUUACGAUCCCAAACUAAGUGAGAGAGGCAUUACCACUAGUUUAGUUAAGCUUGAAAAGAGAAAGCCAAUAGAUGGUAUUACUAUAUUCAACAGACCAAUACUUACUCCAAGUGUUUACGAAGAUGAGAAAGAAAAGGAAAUGGAGAAGGAUCCUUGGAAUCCAAACAAUCAAAAUGCUCCUUCUGCUUUUAUCCCGCCUGAAGUCCUAGACCCCUAGCACCGUAAAGACAAAAUAAGAAACGAUCCGCUUCUAACCAGAAAACCUGAUAUGCCUUUGCAAGGGCCAUUAGGUAGAGGUGGAAAGUUUUCUUCAAGUGGCACUUAUACAUAGUAUUUGAUGAGAAAUCUAGUCAAAAACGAUAGUAGAGACUAAGAUGCUCGAGAAGCCUUGCUAGCAGUAGCCAAAGAAGCUGCAGAAAAUCCUUAAUGGAUUGCACCUGCCUAUCAUAAAACUCAACCGAAGACUAUUUACGAUACAAGUGAAAUCAAAAGAGAAGAUCUGAAGUUUCUAGAAAAUAGCUCUAAUAAGAAAUGUGCUCAUUGCGGUCUUAAAUUCUGUACAUGUAAGCAGAAAAAAUGA